AUGGGGACUACUAUGGUCAUGGUGGGGUCAACUGUUAAUAUAAAUUACCAUCACUUUUCGCACUGGCUGGAUUCCACAAGUGAUUUGACCUUCAAUGAAUUUGAAAUAGAACAGCAUCAAGAAUGUGCUUACGACCACUUGGAAGUGUUUGAUGGUGAAAGUGAAAAAUCACCAAUUCUGGGACGUUUAUGCGGCAAUAAGAUACCAGAUCCUCUCAUUGCUACUGGCAACAAAAUGUUUCUCCGCUUUAUUUCUGAUGCAUCAGUUCAAAGAAAAGGCUUCCAAGCAACGCAUUCUACAGAGUGUGGUGGUCGGCUGAAAGCUGAAACCAAGCCCAAAGAUCUGUACUCGCAUGCUCAGUUUGGCGAUAACAACUAUCCGGUUCAGGCGGACUGCGACUGGCUGCUGGUGGCAGAGCGCGGCUAUCGAGUCGAGUUAAUGUUUCAGACUUUUGAGGUUGAAGAAGAGGCAGACUGUGGUUAUGACUAUGUGGAGCUCUUUGAUGGUCAUGAUAAGACAGCUUUGAGACUUGGGAGAUUUUGUGGAUCUGGGCCACCAGAAGAAAUUUAUUCAGCAGGGGAAGCUCUUUUACUUCACUUUCACACUGAUGAUACAAUCAACAAGAAAGGAUUUCAUAUACGAUAUAGAAGUAUAAAAUAUCCAGAUAGUGUGCACACCAAAAAAUAACACGAGAACCUCUAUGCCAGAAAAAGAGAGUGAGAAAGAAAGAACACACAGAGGAAAGGAAGGCGUGUCUUUUUUUUUUUUAAACUGAAAUUAUUAGCACAAAUGUUUUAUAUGAGUU